AAAGGUUUUCACUUCAACACCAUACCCCCCACUCUCUCUCCCACAUGUAUUCGCACAAUUCUGCAUACUAUAGAGAUAAAUAGUACGGAAGAGAGAUCUGAAUCUCUGCAGAUUUUCAAAUCUCUCUCGGGGAGUCUCCUCAAUUUCACACAUCUGGAUACCUUUCUUUCUAUUUUCGGAAUCUGAUUCUGGGUGAUGUGAAAUUGAGAUCAAGACUUUUUGCGAUUUUGUGUAUUGGUUAAUUGAGCUUCAAACUGUGGAAUGUUAUACAAGAUUUGGUGGAUUUAAAGUUGGGAUCUUUUAGGAGCUCGAACUGAGGUGUUGUCCUUGGCAUUUUUGCGUUGUAAUGAUGGUGGAAGUUUCCGAUUUCGAGCUUUUUGUUGGAUUAAGAACAACCGACAAAGUUUAGGUUUUGUAGGAUUGAAAAAGUGGAGUCACAUAUUAGUAACAUAAGUUAAUGGAGGAUUUGUCACUGUAUACGCACAGUCCUGCCCAUUUGGCGGUGCUACGGCGCGACUAUGUGACACUGAAACGGGUAGUAGCAGCACUGCCUCGCCUGCCAAAGGCAGGCGAGGUGAAUACCGAGGCCGAGUCUUUGUCUGCUGAAGAGAAUGCAGAUGCUGUGUCUGCAAUGAUCGACAGGCGGGAUGUUCCAGGCAGGGAAACUCCUCUGCACCUCGCAGUGCGUCUGCACGAUGCAAUUUCUGCCGAGAUUUUAAUGGCAGCUGGUGCCGAUUGGAGUCUUCAGAACGAGAAUGGAUGGAGUGCGCUUCAAGAGGCAGUUUGUACAAGGGAAGAGAAUAUAGCCAUGAUCAUUGCCCGGCACUACCAGCCUCUCGCAUGGGCUAAAUGGUGCCGGAGGCUUCCCAGGAUUGUGGCAUCAGCAUCUCGAAUCCGAGACUUUUACAUGGAGAUAACUUUCCACUUUGAGAGCACGGUUAUACCGUUCAUCGGCAGAAUCGCCCCUUCGGAUACUUACCGUAUAUGGAAACGCGGUUCGAAUCUCCGUGCAGAUAUGACGCUUGCGGGCUUUGAUGGAUUUCGUAUCCAGCGUUCGGAUCAAACUUUUCUCUUCCUUGGAGAGGGUCACUCCGCCGAGGGUGGGAAUAUAUCUUUGCCACCUGGAUCUUUGAUUGUGCUCUCUCACAAGGAGAAAGAGAUCACAAAUGCUCUGGAAGGAGCUGGCGUUCAACCAUCUGAGGCUGAAGUGGCGCACGAAGUGACUUUGAUGUCUCAAACUAAUAUGUACAGACCGGGAAUCGAUGUUACUCAGGCUGAGCUUGUUCCCCAUUUGAAUUGGAGAAGACAGGAAAGGACUGAAAUGGUUGGAUCUUGGAAGGCGAAGGUGUUUGAUAUGCUUCAUGUCCAGGUGAGUGUGAAGUCAAGGAGAGUUCCUGGUGCUAUGACUGAUGAGGAGCUUUUUUCGGUUAACGAUGAUGAUAGAUUGGCUAAUGGGGGUGAAAAUGACGAGUACGAUGAUGUGUUGACAGCUGAGGAACGAUCGCAGUUAGACUCUGCGCUUCGUAUGGGGGAUGGUUUUGCUGAGGAGGAAGACGGUGAGGUGCAGGAUUGCCACGAGAAUUUGGAUUCGGGUUCGUUCGAAAGCUGUGAAUCCAAUGGUGGUGCUACUAACAAAGAGAAGAAGAGUUGGUUUGGUUGGAACAAGAAGAGUUCCAAGAACAUGGGAGACGACCCUGAGGAUUCUAAACUUUUGAAGAAGUUCUCGAAGUUGGCGCCUGAUGAUAGUAAGCAGAAGUCGAACGACAGUCGUAGAUUGUCAUCUGAGUUUCCUAAGGAGGAUGCGGGGGACCUUAAAAAGUCGAAAGAUAAAAAUAGCAAGAAGAAAAAGAAGAAAGGGGUCAGUGUUGAAUCGAAGAAUGAAAGCGAGUACAAGAAGGGUUUGAGACCUGUUUUGUGGUUAACACCGGAUUUCCCUUUGAAAACAGAAGAGCUUUUGCCUUUGCUUGACAUACUUGCCAACAAGGUCAAAGCUGUCAGAAGACUGAGGGAGCUUUUGACCACGAAAUUUCCACCUGGCACAUUUCCCGUCAAGAUUGCCAUUCCGAUUGUGCCAACAAUACGCGUGCUCGUAACAUUCACCAAAUUCGAGGAGCUCCAGCCAAUGGAAGAGUUCUCAACCCCUUUAUCGAGCCCGGCCCAUUUCCAGGAUUCGAAGUCCAAGGACUCGUCAGACGGUGCCACGUCAUGGAUUUCAUGGAUGAGAGGAAGCCGUGGGGCCCAGUCCAGUGACAGCGAAGGCCGAAGCUUCCGCGACGAAGUUGACCCUUUCAACAUACCAGCCGAUUACACGUGGGUCGAUGCAAACGAGAAGAAACGUCGAAUGAAGGCCAAGAAAGCUAAGAGCAAGAAACAUAAAAAGCAGGGGGCGGCAGCCAGAAAUACAGAUCCUGCCCCUGUGAUCGAGUGAGAGAGGGUUUUUUUGAGUAGCGUUAAACGUUGUUCUUGUCAGUGUGGUAAUUGAUGGGCUUUAUCUGUUUAGGGAUGUGGCCUCAUUUGUUUGUAUUGGAAGAUGCCUUUCUUCUUCUUCUUCUUCAUCAUAUUUGUGUCUGUAUUGUUUGUUGUAAUUUUUCAUAUGGAAAAUUGGAAUGCAGUUGCUUUUUAUUUAAUUUUUAUUUUUCUUUUUCUUUUAUUA